AACGACAACGACAACGACAACGACGACAGACACUCGAGCGCCAUGUCGUUUCGCGGCGACGAUUCACGCCGCUAUGGCCAUGUACCGCCUGCCCAAUAUCCCGUCGCCGGCACCGCGCAGGACAACAACAACAACCCGCCAUACCCUCCCCAGCGACGCUUGAGCUUCAACACGGGCGACGAUGCCGCCAUGUUCGACCCGAGCGCUGCCCGCCAGCAGCCCGCCAUUUACACUGGGGGCCCUGUUGUCAGUAGGGCCGAGGAGGAGCUGUUCAUCACCAGUCCCACGUCUCUGGAUGCGCCGGCCGCCCAAAACCGCCUCAGCUACAAUCCUCAGCAUAUCGCCAUGGCUGGCUAUCAACACCAGUAUCAGGCUCAAACGAACGCGCCGCCGCCCGCACCGACACACUCGACAUAUAACCCCCAGGCCUUCGCCCGCACUCAAUCGACAUCCCUCCCGUACCACCCCGCCCCAGCCUCGAGAUACGGUGCUCCGACGAGCCCGACUUACGCGCCCACUCCUACAACCUAUACCCCGCCAGCUUAUAACCCGGCGGCGUACGCCAACACAAACUCGGCCACGCCACAGAGACAUUCUUCAGUCGCUUCAGUGGCUUCCUCGGGAUACAAUGGAUACACGUAUGGCUAUACUUCUCCCAGCAUCCCGCAGUCUGGGUUUGGCCAAUCCCCCCAUGAGCCCGCCCGUAGUCCACAGUAUCCUCCGACAUCGCCACAAUAUGACCAGUCCUAUCCCCCGGCGAAUGCAUACAACACUCAGCAGUACUACGGGUCCUAUUCUUUGAACGGUGUGAACAAUGCCUCAGGCAUGGCGUAUCAUACCAUGACGUCUCAGGCUCCCUAUCCCACCCAACAUGUUCAGAUGCCCGGCGGACCUAGUUACGCUUCUGCGGAUCACAGCGCGUUUGCCGGUCGGAACUCUAGAUCAGAUUCCCAGGUCUCUGCGCCGUCCCCUCCGGCACAUUCACAAGCACCCGGGGGUCUUACAAGACAUCCAACAAAUGCUCCGCUCCCUAGCCGCCCCAUGGAUGACUUGCCAGAGGACCAAAGCUGGGGACCCAAUGGGCAAAGCGAUGAGCAAGACGCCUUGUUCAGUGAUAUCAUUUCGGAGGUGGGGCCACGACAGUACCAUGGUGUUAAUGGCAGCAUAUCGGAGGACGACCAGGGACUGCACCGCUACAGUUCGACUGCUUCGACCAACGUGGGAUCCGCUGCAGCGGUAGAUCGCUAUCCUUCUAAUGCAUCGACAGUGAACAGGAAUGAUAUCCCCAAUACUUACCCCAAUACUUAUGACUACGAUGACGACGAGAGCGACCCCGAAGGUGCUGCUGGCCUUCUAGCCAUGCAGGAGGACAUGGACGACCGACGCUUUGGAUUUGGUGGGAUAUCAAUCCCAGCUUAUAUGGAGCCUCCGGCAGCGCAGCAGCAGCCCGCCUCACCGUCACACCCGAUACAGCCGCCGGGACACCAACGGGAGUUACCGCCGCCGCCUGAGGAACAAGGUACCGAUGGUGAUUUUUAUGGAAUGGAUCUCGGCUUGUAUGGGGGUGGCUAUGCUGGAACCCUGCACUACGGGAAUGAAGUUGGCUCCCCACCCGCAACCUCCACCCACUUUGACCAAGGGCCCAGGCCGUUGCCAUAUCCGCAAAACACGGGAAGCGAGUAUGCUCCGUUCUCUCAAGCUGCGGUUGACUAUGGCGGAACUGGUGGUCUUCAGGCCCCGCAAACUCACCGGUUGAGCUUCGACGAGGGAGAUGAACAUGUCUCGAUCCACUCCAGGCAGAGCGGAAGUGACUCGCCUACGAAGGAAGAGUAUCCCGACAUGUUCUAUCAUCCCGGGAUAUCUAACCGGCCUCUUCCGGCUGUUCCUUCUCUUGGCGAAAGCCGUCCAGCACUGUCGGUACUGCCCCCUAGUAGGGUCGCUUCUCAACAGGGGUACAAUAUGGAUGUGAAUCAACGGCUCAUGUAUGACCAACAAGGUCAAGCUGCAGUGGAGAGAUCGAUAUCGCUUUCCAGCCACAGCAAUACCCCUCCUGUCCACACACCGGCACGAUCCAGAACCGAUGCCGCUGAGGAGCGGAGGAGGGCAUUGAAGCAUGCGAAUCAGCAUCAUUCUCAUCUGGGUCAUCAUAGCGUACCUCAGGAUGGCUACGACUCGGGGACACCAUCGUCGCUUGCUGCCUAUGAUAUGAUCACCUUGCCUGGCAGGAAGAGGAAGUUCAUCCCAUCUAAACUCACGGCUACGGAGAUUAAGCGUUGUGCCGAGCCGUGGGCUCUCAGCAGUGUUACUGCCUGGAUUCGUGAAAUGGCAGACGGCGAAGUGGACCUUAAGAGAAAAUCCAUCGAGGAGGGAAUUGUGAAGCUUUUCUGUCACAAGGUUCCUACCAUGAACGUUGCUGACGCGGAAGGUUUGAGUGCCACAGUCGUGGACUCCAUGUAUGCGUCCGGUCUCUUGAUCCCAGAUGAGGAAUGGGUCAGGUUUGGAACCGGCCAGAUGACAGGUGUCUUGUGGCAACUGACUGGCCAUGGUUGCUACGCGCCCAAGUUGCAUGAGGCUGAAGAGUCUGCCCCCAAACUGAACGAUAACGGCAUUCCAGUAAGGUGCUACUCGCAUCACUGCGGUAGAACGCUGAAGAAGGCCAAUCUGGAUCACCUGCUUUCUGAUGAUACAGUGGUUCAGGACUGGGCGACCUUCCAUGGAGUCAAGCCGGAGGAUUGCGAAAAGAAGAGCAAAAAGGAGAUUGAGAGACAAAACGUUCUGCACGAGAUUGUCACCAGUGAAGAGGAGUACAUGGCCCAGCUCGACGUCGUUCGGCUCCUCUACAGAGAUCAACUCCGCGUGCACCAGCCGCCUGUUCUUCCCAACACCAGGAGGGACAAGUUUCUGGAGGCAGUCUUUGGUAAAGUUGAUACGGUGCAGCAGAUCAACAAGGACCACUUGCUUGCCCAGCUUAAGUAUCGCCAACAGGAACAGGCGCCCUUCAUUGUUGGGUUUAGUGACUUGUUCAGAGAGUGGAUUCGCAAGGCCAGGCCGAUCUACAUCGAAUACUGCUCGUCUUACCCGAACUCGGAGUACCUCAUCCGAAAGGAGAGCAAUAGGAAUAUUCUCUUCCGUGAGUUUCUGGGACACGUACAGAACCAUAGGCGGUCCAAGCGUUUGGGAUGGACCACGUUUGUGAAGGCGCCCAUUACACGUCUGCAGAGAUACUCUUUGUUGCUCAGCACGGUCUUGAAGAACACGAUCGAAGACAGUGAAGAGAAGCAGAAUCUCAUCAAGGCAAUUGAAGAGAUCAGGUCAGUCACAAAGGAGUGCGAUGACAGAGUUGCUGAGAUGACCAAGAAGGUGUCCCUGCUUGAGCUACAACACCAGCUAGUUCUUCGACCCGGUUUCCAGUCAGUCCUCAAUCUUGAUCACCUUGGGAGAGAGCUUCUCAAGCAGGGCGAGCUUCAGCGACAGGGUUCGAAGGGAGUACGCUGGGUUGACACACAGGCCCUGCUGUUUGAUCAUUAUUUCAUCUUGGCCAAGGCGGUCUCAACCAAGGACGGCAGGAAUGAGAAGAAAUACGACGUGUCGAAAGAGCCUAUACCCAUGCCCCUCCUCUUCCUGGAAAGCAUGCACGAUGAACCUGUUACGAAACAAAAGGGUCUCGCAGCACCUCUAACCCGUACCGCGGCUACCACUGGAUCCGGGACACAGCUUAACAAGGUUGCCUCUAAUGGAGGCGAUCGGCCCGGCCUGGAGCAUUCAGCAACAAGUUCGUCUAUGGGCUCCCUCAGUACCGUUACCCGUCUAACAAGUUCAGGUGUCGACGAUGGAAAGAUCAUCUACCCCUUUAGGAUAAAACACCUCGGCCACGAGAUUUACACGCUCUACGCUUCCUCUGCCCUGGACCGCUCGGAGUGGUGUAAGGCGAUUGUGGACGCGAAGACAAGGCACGCCGAAGCGCUACAUGCACAGAACGCCGAGCCUUUCCGCUUGCGAGUUCUUUCUGACGGUGCUUUCGCGUACGAUUCUUAUUCGACCUUUGGCAGGCAGCAGGGCGUGCCAAUCAGUGGGACACCCUUGGACAGGGCGAUACGAGAAAUGGAGGAGGCAUACGGCAAAGGCCGCGGUCCCCCACCGGUAUGCAGAGCUCAGGUAAACUGUGCUACCGCUUUCAAGUCCUUCGGCAAGUCCAUCAUCGCCAUUGGUACGGACUAUGGUGUCUACAUCUCCGAAGCGUCCAACCCCCGAGGCUGGACACGCUCUGUCCAGAUCAGCAAGGUCACCCAGAUCGCAGUCCUCGAGGACUUCUCCGUCUGUCUUCUCAUCGCCGACAGGUCGCUCAUCUCCUACCCUCUCGACGUGAUCGCGCCCGUCUCCAACUUCCCGUCCCCAGUCCACGACAACCCCAGACGGGCGCCCCAGCGGCUCGCCAAGGACGUCACCUUCUUCGCCACCGCCCGCAUGAAGGACCGCACCCUUCUCUUCUACAAGCGCAAGGAAGGCAUGCACAACACCUUCAAAGUUCUCGAGCCCGUCUUCCAAAAGGCCACGGAGAAGAAAUCCCGCAUCUUCGGCAGCCGCAAGUCCGCCUCGGGCGCCACCGAGUCCUUCCGCGACUACGACGAGUUCUACCUCCCCGCCGAGUGCUACUCACUGAACUUAUUCCAGUCGUACAUCGCCGUCGCCUCCGCCAAAGGUUUCGAGCUCCUAACCCUCGACAAAAAAGUAACUCAGUCCAUCCCGCGCGACCUCAACCUCCCCGCCAUCGCCAACAUCGCCUCCCGCAUUAAAGACCAACGCCCCUUGGGGAUGUUCAAGCUCAACGACCAGGAAUUCCUCCUCACCUACGAGGACUGCGCCGUCUACGUCGACAAGCACGGCGAAAUCUCCCGCACUUUGAUCAUGGAGUACUCCGGUAAACAGAAAAAAGCCAAAGCAGCCACCAUGUUUGGCCAAUACCUCUUGCUCUUCAACGAAGACUACGUCGAAGUCCGCAACGCCGAGAACGGUCGCUUACGGCAAAUCAUUGCCGGCAGAGAUGUAAGGUGUCUCGAUUACGGGUUUAGAGGCCCCACGGGAAGCGGCCAGCAGCAUGCGCAGCCGCAUACCCUCUUGCAGGCGGGAGCGUUGCAGGAUAGUAGGGAGACGGUCAAGAUUUGUAUGAGUCACCCGGAGGUUCCCGGGGGGCAGAUCGUGUUGGAGAUGUUGCUUAAUGAUGGGCAUGCGGAGAAGGCUUAGGUGGCUGGGGUGGGGAGUGAUGGGGAUGAGGAAGGGAGGGUGGAUGGGGCGAGGCUGGGUGGGGAUGGGUGUGUUGAUAAUGGUCGUCGUGGUCAU